CUUCAAACCAUAACCCAUCUUCCACGUGCUUGGCUCCACGCUCCGCUCUUUGUUGCUGUUGUACAUCGUCCUUAAAAAGGACUAGUUUAAGUUUAGACACCUUAAAUUCCAUCUGAAAUAAUUCUACAAAUUACCGGCCUAAAAGAGUUGGCGAAAUUAUGGCAAAAGUCUACAUGAGUGCGGCCUUCGAGGGCAACAGCUACGUCGGCGACGGCACUAGUUUCGGAGAUGAUGACGACGACGAACAUCCGCCGGAGAAAUCAGAUGGCGACGAUGAAGACUCGUGGGAUGAGGACGACGGGGACGACGAAGUGGAUGUCGAACUUUCUGAUGAUGAUAAAAUUGAUUGCCCUUUCUGCUCAAAUUUCAACUGCCAGAGAGAUGAUGUCGCAAGACACGUUAGCAUCGUCCACCCCAGAUCUUGCCUCCGAUGCAGAAUCACGCUGGAAACUGAUGAUGAAUAUGAGAGACAUGUCCAGCAACACGAGCAAUCCUUUUCGUGCAACUUGUGUGACGAGCAGUUCACUGACGAGGCCGAGUUUGAAUUCCACCGAAUGAGUGACCACGGCGCCCAGAGGUGCAAAUACUGUUCUGCUGUCGUGGUUGAGGGCGAGAUGGAGCCUCACCUGCGCCAUUGCCGUGGCAAACGCAAACAGGUUUUGCGUCCAACGAGAAUGGAUCACACGAAGAUGGACCCGAAGGUGCACAGCAUGAGAACGAGGCGAGGUGGUGUGCUUGGACGCCCCUGCAAACGUCGCAAACGCACUCCGCCUCCGCCUGUCGAGACCGAAGGUCUGUCAAUUGAAGAGAUUAAGCGGCGCAGGCAAAAGGGCGAGCUGGAGAAGACUCGAAGGGACAACCUUGUAAGUGAGUUCAAACGUAUCAUGAAGCUGCUGCCUAGGCUCCAUACGGAGGAAAGACGGAAGAACUGCACCAAAAUGGAGAUCCUGGGUGAGGCGGUCAACCAAAUCAAACGGCUUGAGGAACAGUCUCAUACCUACCACAAAAUGAAACUGUUGCUGACUCGGCAGAAACAACGGCUGGAGCAGAGAGAAGAAGAGCUCAAGAAAAUGCCAGAUGCCAACUGAGACUGAUAUACACUUAAUUUUAAUGGCAUUCCUAUGUUUAAGACCAAUUGAGGCGAUCUUUCAUGUUUAAGCUGAUCACUCGUUUGAUUUUGCAAAAGCUAAACAGGUCAGAAGUUGUACAUUAUUUUUUACCUCGUAGCCUCACUGACCGAUAUAUGACAAAAGAUCUUCCAGAUUCGGCUGUUCCAAACCAGCCCAUAUACUCUGACAUUGAUUUUGCUUUGUUCAAAACCAAAAUAAAGGGACUCACUUAGAAACUAAUAA